AUGAUCUUAUCAGGAAUUCGAAACACUAUCCAACUGAUAUUUAUUCUAUUAGCGUUAAAUGCUGUGCUAGCUGCUUACAAUAGACCUUAUAAUCAUGGUCCAACACCUCUACACCUAACGAGCAAUCAACGAUCGGCCGAUACUGGUUACAAAUAUGCUUGGUUUACUAGAGACAUUCAUGAUGAUAUGAAUAGUGAUGAAGAAAAGGCUUCUCAACAACAACUAUUUCCACAACGAAUCGUACAAGCGAGAAUUCUCAAUAGUAUUCUCAAUCGAAAGUUUCUAAAUCAAGAUGAAUCUUCACCUUCAUCAGAUGAAAAGCCCUAA